AUGGGCCAGGCGGAGGAGCUGCUCCGCGAGUGCCCCGUGACGUGCGAUAAGACGAAGGCGCGCGGCGCGCGGCUGUACCUGAUGGCGAAGAACAAGGCGAUGCAGCAGGCGACCAAUUCAUGUGGUUUUGCCAACACUUGUUGUCCGGGGCAGGAUCACAGUUGUCAGCCAGCGGGAGCGUCGUGUUAUUGCGACGAGCUUUGCUUGACCAACCAGGAUUGUUGUCCAGACUACGUGGCGACAUGUGGCGGGGAGCCGGGCUCUGGCGGGGAGCCGGGCUCUGGCGGGGAGCCGGGCUCUGGCGGGGAGCCGGGCUCUGGCGGGGAGCCGGGCUCUGGCGGGGAGCCGGGCUCUGGCGGGGAGCCGGGCUCUGGCGGGGAGCCGGGCUCCGGCGGGGAGCCGGGCUCUGGCGGGGAGCCGGGCUAG